CACCCAACGGCGGCCACACGCUCGCGGCUCCUGGCCGUGGCCGAGGCCUUCGCCUCGCCCCGGCUCGUGCGCCCGCGUCCGUCCCCAGCCCAGUUCUUUCUCCAUGGCGACGGCCAUCUCGCUCCGAGGCGCGCCGCCGGCCGCUCCCCGCGCGCGCAACUCCGGCCGGCUCGUCCGAGUCUCUCCCCCGCGUGGAGGGGCGCGCGUCGGCCGUCGCUCCCUGACCCGGUGCGUCUCGGCUGCGGCGGCGGACUCCUCCGGUUUGGCUCCCGUCGCCGGCGCGCCCGCGUGGGACGCGCUCGGCGGCGUCUCCGUCCUCGCCGCGGGCACCGGCGAUGCCGUCCCGCUGACGGACCUGUGGGACCCCACCGAGGGGGUGGCCGUGGUGGCGCUGCUGAGGCAUUUCGGGUGCUUCUGUUGCUGGGAGCUGGCCUCGGUUCUGAAGGACUCCAUGGAGAAGUUCGACGCGGCCGGGGCUAAGCUGAUCGCUAUCGGCGUCGGCACUCCCGACAAAGCUCGCAUCCUCGCCGACCGGCUGCCGUUCCCUGUUGAUUCCUUGUACGCGGACCCCGAUCGCAAGGCUUACAACGUGCUGGGACUGUACCAUGGUUUGGGUCGGACGCUCUUCAGUCCAUCUAGUGCAAAAAUAUACUCGAGGCUCGACUACAUCAAGAAGGCGACGAAGAACUACACGCUGGAAGGCACCCCAAACGACCUGACCGGAGUCCUGCAGCAGGGUGGAAUGUUCGUGUUCAGAGGGAAAGAGCUGCUGUACUCAUGGAAAGACGAAGGCACAGGCGACCAUGCUCCUCUGGACGAUGUGCUCAGCGCCUGCCGCAAUGUUCCAAUCGCUUGAUACUUCCCUUUUAGUCGGCCGGAUGUGCAGCCGGAUACUAGGCCUUAUUGAGGCCUCGUUUGGAUCCAAACUUCAAAAGAUUUAUAAAACCUACCAAAUGUAGUUGGAAAAAAAAAUCGCAUUAUACAAA